AUGGCAAAGAAAGACCAGGUAUGGUUUCAAAAUCGGCGAGCAAAAUGGCGAAAAGCUGAACGUCUGAAAGAGGAGCAAAGAAAAAGGGAUGGAAAUGCGAAUAUUACGGAUUCCAUCAAUUCCAGCGACAAGAUUGAGGAUAGAAGUAGAUCUAGCACCCCCUUAAACGGCCCUGUCUCACCAGGAAGUCCAGAUCCAGACAAUAUUACAAGGCCGGGAUCAGCAAACUCGAUCCUCCAACAAACUCCAAAUUCAUCACCGAUUCGCUCCCAGGAUUUGAAUCAAUCGAGCGAUAAUCUCCAGGACCCCAACGGGGGCACCACAGAUACGUCCCUGACUGACGGAGGACCCGCUCAUAGGGCUCCUGAAAUUCUCGGAGGCGUCGAUGUGACACGAAACGCUUCGGCGACACCCGAACAUAGGAUAAAUAGGAGCCCCAUGUCUUCAGUGAGUUGUCAUUCACCCUUUGGAGACGGCCGCCUUAGACACCACGUUGCCCUCGGACCGCACUUUGGACACCAUAUAUUUUCAGGAUUUAGCGAAAGAAAUUUCUCUAAACUUUUAGAAAAUUUACACAUUGACUUAUACAUUUCAGAUGACACGAGGUCUUCCUCAGUCUUAGAACUUAGACGUAGAGCCAGAGAGCAUUCUGCAGCCUUACUACAUGGCCUCCAGGCGGCAGCAGCAGCAGGUCUAACAUUUCCUGCAGGGCUCCUGAUGCAUCAUGCUUUGCAACAGCAGCAGCAGCAGCAGCAAAAUCAACAGCUGACUCAACACAAUCAGCAAUUGAGUCAACAGAAUCAGAUAAAUUUUGCAUCGAUUGCCAAUAGUAUCAAACAAAAUGGAUUGUCUAGGAAGAGCACAGACGACGAGUCUACGGAGAUUAAUUUGGAGAACGAUUCGGAUGUCAAGUGCCAGGAAUCGGACGAGAAGGAAUAA